AUGGAUUCACUCAGAACAGACUUAAAGCUCACUUUCGCUGAGUUGGGCGAUGAAUUGAAAAAGCAUCUUUCUGACAAAGGGUUGCCAACCGAAGCAAUCGAUCACUCUUCUCAGUGUUUCAAUACAAAUGUGAGCAGUGGCAAGCUCCAUCGUGGCCUUGCAGUAUUGUACGUUGGUCGUGAGCUCAGGACCCGUCCUCUCGACCAUGAAAACAUAAAGCAGUUGUGUAUUUUGGGUUGGCUUGUGGAAAUCCUCAAUACCAGCUAUUUGAUUUGGGACGAUAUGAUGGAUGGAUCAACUACCCGACGUGGCCAACCCUGUUGGUACCGGCAGCCAGCUAUUAGUAUGUUAGCUAUUAAUGAUGCAUGUCAACUCAAGUCCACUGUUUUUCUUUUUCUAAAGAAAUACUUCUAUCAACACCAAGCUUAUAAUAGCUUUGUUGAACUUUUUCUCAAAGCCGGGUUUCAAACCGAGCUGGGCCAGCUCUGUGAUCUCGUCUAUUGCAAGAAGCAGAAUAUUGAUGAUUUCUCCACGCAAAAAUAUUCUACUAUGGUUGAACUUAAGUCUUCAUACUAUGGCCUCUAUCUCCCAUUUGUACUUGUGUUGGAAUAUUGGCAGCUCGCCACACCAGCUAAUACUCAACAAGUACGCAGCCUGGCAAAUGCGAUUGGUGAAUAUUAUCAAGUCCACGAUGAUUUCAUCGAUGUAUUUAGAGAUCCGACUACAGAAGUCGGGACAGAUAUACAGGAAAACAAAUGCACAUGGCUUAUCAAUAAAGCACUUCGUCGUGGCAAUGACGAGCAGCGACAGAAGCUCCAAGACUCAUAUGGAAGUAACGACAUAGGGUUAUUAAAAAUGGUGAAGGAUAUCUUUCUAGAACUGGGGUUAGAGCAGGCAUAUAUCGAGUACGAAAAAUCUGAGCAGGAGAAAAUUGAGGCAAUGAUCGCUGCUAUUGACGAAGGCGACGGUCUGAAGCGCGAGAUCUUCACUGCUGUCUUUGAUAGAUAUAAAAAGGAUCGGUUCCGUAAAGCCUCCAACGAGUUUGCUCCGAAUUAG